AUACCUAUACCAUAAUCUUUCUGACUAGUCCUGUCAUCUUGUUUAAAAUUUAAUGAUUGGUAUAUUAAGUGUAAUAAAAAUUUGUUACUAUGAAUAUUGCAUGAAUUUCCUCGUGCAUUUUAUUAGAAUUUACAUUUAUAGCUAAAAUUCACGUAUGGCAUCAAAUAGUAACUAUGCUAUUCAGUGUAUUUUUUUUAUCACUUACGUGUGCCUCGAAUGCCUUCACUGUGAUUUCCUUUGAAACGUGUUGCACGUACAUUUCUAUGAUGUCCGGGAUGUUUUGGCACAAUAAUUAUGCACCGUCGGUUCAGAUCGACUCGCUUCUUAGCGAAGAGGAUGUAACACUUCAGAAAUUAAUGGAUGCUGAAGACAUCUUACAAGAAUGCAAGAGUCAAAAUAAAAAAUUGAUCGAAUAUCUAACAAGACCAGAUAUUUUGGAAGAAUUGGUCAACUUAAUAACAGAAGAACCAUCCUCGGAAUUAGAAGAACGUUGGCGUUAUAAAUACUCCAAUGUUGCUUGUGAAUUACUUACAUGUGAUGUUCCAAUAUUCACUGAAAAAUUAGCUGCUAAUGAAAUGUUGUUAUCAAAAUUGUAUUCUUUUAUCGACAAAGACCAGCCACUGAAUCCAUUAUUAGCAUCAUUUUUUAGUAAAACUUUACAUGCACUUUUAAGGAGAGCUUCUGAUCAGAAUUGGUUUUCGCACCAAUAUGUGUGUCUUCAAGUUUUGGAAUCAUUAAAAAGUCGUAAGAAUUGUGUUGAUUUACUGUUGCAACACAUACAAACUUCAGCAAUCAUGGAUUUAAUAUUGAUUCUUCUUACAAAAAUUGAGGGAGAUGAGAUGCGUCAGAAUAUAUUGAAUUGGUUGGAUGAUCAACAACUAGUUCCAAGAUUAGUAAAACUUUUGUCCCCUUCUUCAGAUCCUGAAAAACACACAAACGCCUCACAGCUUCUCUGUGAUAUAGUCAAGUCUCCACGAAUGGAGCCUGAAAAGCGGCCCGAUCCCAUUUUACAAUCUCUACAAUCAGAGGAAACUACUAAAUUGAUAUUAGAUACAAUAUUGUGUGGAGAGAAGCUUGAAAGUAGUAUUGUUGGUGGUGUAAGGAUAUUGAUAAAUUUGCUUGGUCAAAGGGAAAAUAAAAAAGCAGAAAGCAGUGAAACUUAUGGAGUUCCUUUCAAUAAUAUUGUGGAAGAUGAACAACGUGAUAAAUUUGCAUUAGUUAUCAUACCAUAUUUAGAUAAAUUUAAUCACUUAUUACUCGACCCUCCAGAAAAACCCUCUGUUAAAACUACAGCAGGAUUUUUAGAAAAACCAUUUGGACGUUCUCGUUUGUACAUUUUAAAAUUAUAUGUUAGCCUUUUGUCAACUGAGAACUCAAAAGUGUUUGAGAAAUUCGCUGAGCUAAACACAUUUAAUAUUUUAUUUGAUUUAUUUUUCCAAUUUGCAUGGAACAACUUUUUACAUACUCAAGUACAACAGUGCUUAUCAUUAGUAAUAAACUGUGAUUGUCCUAAUGUUAAUGAAAUUAUGUAUUCUCAUAUAUUUAUAAAAUGUAAAUUAAUCAAUAGAAUUCUGGAAGCUUGGGAAACUAAUGAUAACAAUACACUGAAUGAAAAGAAUGGCGUUAGGCAAGGAUACAUGGGUCAUCUUAUUAUAAUGGCCAAUGAAAUUGUAACACAAUGUGAGGAAAGUAAUGUUCUGUCAAGCUACUUAAAAAGUAACUUGGAUGAAGAAAGUAUGCAAAAGUGGGAGAAUUUCGUAUCAUCAAAAUUAGACGAAAUUAAUAAAAAACAACAACUUACACUGGGAGAACCCCCAGAGGCCUAUAUGAUGUCAUCAAGUGGCAACUCAGAUGAAUAUGCUUCUUUCCCACAAGAUGCAUAUGGGCAAGAAUUAUGUAACAAUUACGCUGAACAAUCUACGGUACCUGCAUAUGUCGAUGGUGAUUAUAACUUUCGAAUGGAGAAAUAUCAUCAUGAUGGAGACGAUAACUGGCAAAAUGAAUUCAAUUACGAUGCAUUUGAUCUCUCAGAUGAUAGUUAUGAAAAAAGACAGGAAAUGUUCAAUAAAAUUUGCGAUGAAAAAAAAGAACUUUCUGAUGAAUCUACUAAGAAAACGGAUGAAGAUAAAUCGGAUUGGCUAAAUAAAAAAAAACAUGAUAAUUCAAGUUCUUCUGAUGAAGAAGAUUUAGAUGAUAUUCCUGAUAUGGGUUUGGAAGAGGAACCAACUGAUCCUUGGAAUUCCAUGAAACCAUUAUCAGCAAUACCUGGUACAGCAACAAUUAAUCUUUGGAAUACUGAUGUUCCAGAACCUGUAGAACAGACAGGUUGGGCUAAUUUUGACAAUUUUAAUAGUGCAUUCGGCACUGAUAUCAGUUUUCAAAGUAAGCCUUGCAAUGAAGCAAAAGCUGAACUGCCUGAAGUGCCAAUUGUAAAUGAAAAUAUAUCUUUGCCUGAAAGUGAUGCUGGCAGCAAUUUAAAGAAUAGCGAAAACCAACAACACGUCAACAAGGCCCAAGAUAUUGAAUCCAAGACUGAAGAAAUUAACGUAUUUAGUAUACCAAAAUCAGAUUGUAUAGAAACUCCUGUAAAUAUACCUGACAGUAAUGCAAAUCUGACUAUUGUAGAAAAUAGAACAUCUGAAUCUAAAGCUGAUGUUAUCACGAUCUUAGAAGCAAGUUCUCUUAAUAUAUCAGCAGAAACAUCUUCAGAGAAUCUAACAAACAUUGAAACGAGUGCCACAGACAAUGAAUGUCCAGUUGCGACUGCUGAGUCGUCACAGUAAAAACAUCAUUAAGCAUCAAGUGUCAAAUAGCAAUAGGAUACACCAUAUCAAAUGACCUUACUAUUUUCCCAGAGUACUUUACAUUUGUACACUUGCUAAAAUUGGCCUUACAUCCCUAAAGUGAGAGGUUCAUUAAUACUUGAAACUUGAUACUUGAGUGUAUUCAUUUUGCCUACAAUCUGCAAAAAACUUCUCAAUCACAAGAACUAUCUCUAUUUUUGGGCAAUGUUCUCAAGUACAAAUGUUUCUUUCCUCCUUGUGUAUUACGCUAAUCGUUAAAAGCUCUUAAAUUUUAACUUAUACGUAAUUACUUGACACAAGGGCAAUCUUUUUAAACGGUAUGAUGCUUUUCGACGGCGUUUCCUCUUUACAAGAUAAUCUAUUUUGUUAUGCCAAUCGCAAAGGGAACUUCAAUGAUUCUCUAGUGUACACAUAGGUCAAAGAAGAUGAAAAAUGCUCAAGAGAUUUGCAUUGAAAUUUAUCGAGGAAGCGCCUUGUUUAGAAGGUGAGGGUGUAUGUAUUAUAUUAUAUAAUAUAACACAUCGUUAAACACGUGUUAAGAAGAUAGUCAAAGUACAAGAAUUCAAGAAUUAAAGAGCAAAAGCGUCUCAUAUGGACGAGAGCCAAGAUCUCUCUACAUCUCCAAUCACUGUAUUUGAACUGACUCACGGUAUUUCAUUUUACACGAGUAAUCAAGUAUUACGCAGCAUUGUAUACUGCAACAAUGUUAGGUAAACAUAUUAUACGCGAGGCUAUUUGAGGAAAUAUCACUAUAGUCCGAUAUAUUACACAAUGAAUUAGUGCUUUUGCUUUUUCGAAAGACAAAACAGAAGUACUUAGGUACAGUGCCUACAAAUUGCUUAAAACUUAUUCCUAUAUAUAUGCCGUGGUAUGGUAUAAAAAAAGAUCAUGAGUAUUUUUAUUAUGUUGUAAAUUUAUAUUAUUGGGUUGAUGACAUCUAAAAGUUUUUGCAUUCCAACAGAAACUCAGACAAAAAAAACCAUUAUAUAUAUUGAGAAAAGAAAAGAAAAUCUUGUAGUACUUCAACCUUCGUCUCGUUUUCAUUUGAGUAAUUCAAAGAUUUUUUAAAAAUAUAGGAAGCCAAUCUCCUGGAAAGUGUUAAUACACAUAUGGUGGUAGUUUUUAGAAAUUUCGUUAAACUUGGCCGAUUAUAAAAUAAUUUGUGUUAAUCAAUUUUAUAAUUGUUAAAUAUUUUAAGAAAUAAAUAUUAUUUAAGUGAAAAA